AUGACUUCCUUCGAUUUGAGCGAUGUUGCAGCGGCUCUUCGCGCAGCACGAGCUGACGCGACACCCAUCGAUCCUCCGACAAAGACUUGGCCCAGUCUCGAUGCCGAUGGCGGUUUCAAAGUUCAAGAGAUCAACUCCGAAUAUGCUGUCAAGAAUGGGGACCGCUUGGUUGGUUAUAAACUCGGAAACAUUGCGAAAGUGAUGCAAGCCGCCUUCGGUCUUGACCACCCUGAUUAUGGAUUUUUGCACGCUAGCUCUUUCAUCUAUGAAGGAACUUCAAUCCCACGAGCCAACUUUAUCAAACCAUUUGUUGAAUUGGAGCCUGCUUUCGUCCUCCGAAGCAAUCUCAAAGGUCCGAACGUCACCGUGGCCGAUGUUAUCAACGCCAUUGACUAUGCAAUUCCUGCCAUUGAAAUUAUUGACUCCCGCGUCAAGAACUGGGCGAUUGACCUUCCGGAUACACUGGCGGACAACGGAUCCACAGGAGCCAUCAUCCUUGGUGGUACGCCUCGCAAGCUUACCGAUCUCACUCUCAGCAACACCCGAGGAUCUUUGAAGUUUAACGGCGAGGAGGUGAUGUCAGGAAAUACGAAAAACGUGCUUGGAAACCCCUUGUCGGCUGUUGCCUGGCUCGUCAACCGACUGGCUGAAUAUGAUAUUGAAUUCAAAGCAGGUCAGGUCAUCAUGCCUGGAAGCUGCUUAGAGGCAGUGCCGAUGGAGAAGUCUGGUCAUUGGUCCUGCACAUUCGAAGGAUGGGGCACAAUCGAGUUUGAGGUUGUGUAA